CCUGGCCGAUCACAUGAUCAUAGGACAAACAUGAAAGCUGGGGUCUGCCAGCUAAACUCUGCGCUGCUUGUUGUUUUAGUUUUUAAAUUAUGUUUUUAUGGCUUGUCUAACGCAAGUGAGCUGCAGGUAUGUGAACUGUGCAACGGGACGGUCUUGAGCGACAGCGCAGUAGGACAGUUUUGCUCUUCGUCCGCAGGUCGGAUCGAGGGGCGCUGCUGUCUCAAAAAUGGAACCGCAGGCUACAACGAUAAAAUUAUUGGAUUGGACCUGUCCAACUGCUCUUUAGCUCUGGUUGGAAAUCUUCAGGAAGCAUCUACAGCAACAAUUAUAGACCUUUCAUUCAACCCAAUUGCCAACAUCAGUGAUUUCUCAUUUCAAGGAUUUAUAGCGUUAAAUUCUCUGAUCUUACCAGUAAAAGUACUUUGUCCUGGGGGUGCCACAGCUUGGAAGAAAAUUGUAGAGAAGAGAGGAAAUCGUUUUUGUGAAGGCCAGAACAGUAUGUGCAAUCAGACUGGACAAAUGGCCACAGACUGUCCUGAAAACUCCCAGUGUGCUCCCUUUGGUCCUGGUUUCUUCGAAUGCAGCUGUGCUGACAACUACCAUGGGUACAAGUGUCAGCGGGAGGGGGAGUUUCCAUUUCUUCAGGUAUUUGGGCCUCUUGGAGUAUCAACUGUGGUCAUAUCUUUUGUUCUAUGGGUUACACAGAGGCGCAAGGCCAAACCACUCUGAUUUUGAUAAUCUUUUACAAUGACUUCUGAUUUUAAAGUUGGCAUGUGAAGGGAUCGGGAACAAGUUUACACUUUAUAGAUUUUUAAAUGGAUUGUCUUUUAAAGCUAGCAUGCAAGAAAAGCAUUUUUCUCAACUGUAUAAAACCACUUUGGUUCUUUUAAAUUUGACAAAAAAUGAUAAAGGGAUAGAGUUUACAUAUUUCCUGCACUGAGAAAGUUACAUUCUGUUACAAAGCUACACUUUAUUGUAGUUGUUAUUAUUUUUAAGUAUUUGAGGUGUUUUAUUUCUGUUUUGGACUAAAUGUCCUGACAACAAUGUCUUUCUUUAUGCAACUAAUAAACAGUUUAAGACAUUGUAAA